AUGGGUGAGGGAGAAAUACAUAGCAAGCGCAAUGAAAAGAGACUUUUACCAAUGGAACUGCGGAAACGCCGUCGAGCCGCUAAGUUGCUAGGUAUGACUGAGAAAAAGGCACGAGUGAUUCCAAAAGCUGUCAUUUCUUCUUCACCAAUACCAACAUCCACCAGUUCCGAAGAAGUUAAGAAAAUAUCGAAUGACAGUUCUGACCAAGUGAUUUCGACAUUAAGCUCAACAUUAAAAGCAGUGAACAAUUCAUCAACGGUGCAAAAGUCACCUCGAGUAAAGGCGUCAGCAGUUUCAUUCUCCACACGUUUGCAUUCGCUUUAUAACUCGUCCCUUUUAAGUAAAAAAGCACAGAGACGACUGGUAAUUCCAGGUUCAAACGUCCCGCAUAAAUUUAAGGUUGCAGAGUUGCCAUUAGAUGCUGUGCCCAAAACGAAGUUAUCGAUUCUAACCGCAAUGCCAUUUCCUUUUCAACGCACGACCUCUAAAGUGAAGGAACAGGCAUUGCGAAACAUGAUGAUGUGUAACGGGGCACAAAGCAGCCAACAAGUCAAUUCUCAAAACACAGCGGUGCGAUGGCAACAAGCAUUGCACUAUUUCGCAUACCCUGCAACCCAAGUACCGACUUCGAUUUUACAAAAUCGAGCCUCGUCAGUGAGCACAAGUGAAUCAAUACUGAGUAGCCUUAAACGUGAGCAUCAACAAGAUGAAAAGACGUUUUUCACAACGCGCUGGCACACUUGGCAGAGAGCAUUCCACGACGUCUACAUGAAUUUUCGUCGCCAGUCUUCCAGUACUAUCAAUAGUGAUAACUCGGACGUCUCAUUCUAUCUCCGCUCAAACGAAUUUGUAGUACACUUCAUUUACGAAAUUGCCGGCUGCGGUGUAACAAGAGGCAAAAAUUCAAUCAUCGAUUUGUGUCGGCAGCAUGAUGUAGCAAAAGAGUGCACUCAAACUUCGUCUGAAAAGGUCAAUGUUGGUACAUUUCGUGCUGUGAUGUCGCAGUCCAGUGCAAGAAUCCGCAAGAUGCUACACCAUCUCAACGUGACAUACACGAUGCCGUACAUUAGAGAAAAUCAGACAGAAUGCGAAGUUGGUGAAUUUCACUUGCUAGAAGAAGAGUCCGAUGCAAGUCGGAAUGGAAACAACGAUCGAGGUAGCUACAAUGACAUUGCACCUGUGACCAGCACCUCCACUAUUUUAAAGAAUUUGCAUGGUGCCGACUCGCUGUUGCUUUUCUACGGCCACGAUGCUGUCCAUGGACUAUACGAAUUUCUCAUCAAUCGUGCUCCCAUGUCAAGUCAAGACGUGCCCGAAUUGUAUGCAUUGUUUCCGUUUGCAAAUGCUUCCAUUCAAAGUUUGCGAGCACUUUCGUUUGGCCGAGUUGAAGCCAUGGCGACCAGUUUGGUAUCUGAAGAAGAUCAGGCUUCACGAUCGGCAAAACUGUUUCGACUGGAAGUCACAGGUUUCUGCUUCCCUUCAAGUAUCGCAAAGCUGAUAGAUGUAUUAAGAGACGAGUGGGAAGCAAUCCAUACAUCAUAUGAUAAUGUGGAAAUCCAGACAGGAGACGAAACUAAUCAAAUUAUACUACGUACAUACAUGGAGGCCAUGGCAGGUGCUGAGCGUCUGAACGCAGUUAAACUGGACGAGCAAAUUGCAAGCGGCUUUCUCAAGAAAAGCCGUAAUCAAGAAAUGAAUCACAAGCGUCAGCAAGCAUUGGAAUUUUCCAAACGACGCAUAGGGAUGACUAUUGCGACGAAAAUGGAAAGUCACUACAACAUACAGACGACAGUCCGAGCAAAUGUUUAA